AUGGGUUGCGGCGCCAGCACGAAGGUGGCCCCGGGGCCGCGGGGCCCGCGGGAGGGUCUGGGCGCAGGCAGGCCGGAGACAGCGGCGGAGGCGGCGCGGAGGAUGCGGGUGGCGCGCUUCCGAGCCCGGUUCGAGCCCCGGGUCCUCGCCAGGUAUGACAUCAAAGCUCUUAUUGGGGCAGGCAAAUUCAGCAAGGUUGUCAGGGUGGAGCAGAAGACCACCAAGAAACCCUUUGCAAUAAAGGUGAUGGAAACCAGAGUGAGAGAAGGCAGAGAAGCCUGUGAAUCUGAGCUCACCGUCUUGAGGCGGGUUAGGCAUCGUUACAUUGUCCAGCUCAUGGAGAUCUUUGAGGCCCAGGAUCGAGUCUACAUAGUGAUGGAGCUGGCCACGGGAGGGGAGCUCUUCGACCGACUCAUGACCCAGAGGUCCUUUACAGAGCAGGAUGCGGUCAGAAUCCUCCACAUGGUGGCUGAUGGGAUCAGGUACCUGCACGCAUUGCGAAUCACUCACAGGGACCUAAAGCCCGAAAAUCUCUUAUAUUAUCAUCCAGGUGCAGAGUCGAAAAUUUUAAUCACGGAUUUUGGUUUGGCACACUCUGGGAACAAAAGUGGUGACUGGACAAUGAGGACACUGUGUGGGACCCCAGAGUACAUAGCCCCCGAGGUCUUGCUGAGGAAACCUUAUACCAGUGCAGUGGACAUGUGGGCUCUUGGCGUGAUCACAUUUGUUUUACUUAGCGGAUUCCUGCCUUUUGAUGAUGAAAGCCACACAAGGCUCUACAGGAAGAUUCUGAAAGGCAAAUAUGAUUAUGCACGAGAGCCUUGGCCAAGUAUUUCCCACUUGGCGAAGGACUUUAUAGACAAACUACUGAUUUUGGAGGCUGGUCAUCGCAUGUCAGCUGGGCAGGCCCUGGACCAUCCCUGGGUGAUCACGAUGGCUGCAGCGUCUUCCAUGAAGAAUCUUCAGAGGGUCAUCUCCCGGAACCUCAUGCGGAGGGCAUCUCCCCACUCUGAGAGUCCCGGAUCUGCACAGUCUUCUCGGUCACGUUCUUAUCAUAAAUCGAAGCGUGUGUGGAGCAAGAGAAGCUUAAGGGUAGAAGAGUCACCACUGUCUUCAAUCUUGUGA